AUGCCUCUGCUGCAGGCCGGCGACAAGGAGCUGAUUGCGUUUUUUUAUGUUGAUGAAAUUAUUCUGGUCAGUUCCUCAGUGCCAGCUGCUGAUCAUCUUCUAUCAGCUCUUCGUUCUGAUUUUGCUGUUAAGGACCUUGGCAAGCUUCAUUAUUUUCUGGGUUUGGAGGUUGCUCAUACUUCUGAUGGACUCUAUCUCACUGAGAAGAAGUAUUCCUUGGAUCUCUUGCGCCAUGCUGGUAUGCUCAAGUGCAACCCAUCCUCCACACCCAUCUCUGCUACUGACAAGAUUACUGCUGUUGAUGGUGAUCUUUUAUUUCCAAAUGAUGCUACUGAGUAUCAUAGUCUUGUUGGUGGCCUGCAGUACCUCACUAUCACCAGAGCAGAUAUUGCCUUUGUCGUCAAUCGGGUUUGCAGUAUCUACAAGCACCUCGGGAUUCACAUCGUUCGACGAUCAAGCGCAUUCUUCAUUAUGUUCGCCUGA